AUGGACGAACAUUACAGGAGACCGCAGUCGGAAAGCGAAGAUGGCGCGGUCACUGAUAACUUUAUGCCGAUACAGCGUAUGGGAUCUAGAAAUUUUAAACGACACAAGUCAAGAUCACGAAGCAGGAAUGGUUCCACAUCGCCCCAUAAAAUGGGUAGAUACACGCCGCCUCUCACGAACGGUCGAACGUCACCUAUGAAAAACCGGCAUUCAAAGGAUAUCCCUGCUGAUGAGCCGAUUUCGAUACUUGACCCUCGCCGGUUCACACCAACGUUGCACGCGAGCUUAGUAGCCGAAAUUCUUAGCUUACGUCGAGACCUCGAGGCCAAAUCCGGAUUGAUCGAGUCGUUAGAGACGGAUUUGUCGAUUGCUAGGGCGGAAACCGAAAACACUGCAACAACUGCUGCGUCAGCCCGCAGGGAGGCAAGGGAUGUCAGAGAACAACUCAAGUUGAAGGAAAAUGACGAGGCUCUUGAAUCCCUCUCUUAUGAGAGAGACCAGGCCUUGGAAACUGUUGCAGAACUUAAACGCCAAGUUGAACGGCUGACUAAAUCUCGAAGGAAAGCUGAAGACGAUAUUGAACGAGAUCGAAGGAUAUUUGACAGAGAAAGAUCUGAAUGGGAGCUGAGCAAAAGGUCGCUGGAGCAUCGGGUUCAUGUGGCUGAAGGGAGGCUAAAAACACUACUACAGGAAAUUGCUUCAGCGAAUGAAGCAAACCAACAGGCACAGGAAAUAAACGGCGAUGAGGCAUAUGAAAAUCAUCUCAUGCGCCCAGAAAGCAUUGCUCGCCCUGUGAGCAGAAACAGUAUGCGGUCUAUUUCUUCAUCGGGGUCUGAAGACACAGACGCAGAGAAGCUCGGGAUUAGAUUUUCAAUGAUCAAUUCCGAGGCUUCUCAGUCUGCACUAAGACUUGCCGAUGAGCUUGACUUUAUUCAUGAAACCAGCGAGGCUUCUGAAGCCGAAACUGAAGGUUCUGUCUACCCAGAAUCUGUCGGAGAAAUGGCCCAAGAUAUCAUCCCUGCGCCCGAGGAGGAAUACGAGUUUGAGGCAAUCAAUGAGCAUUUGAUUCCCUCUCGGAGAUCCUCUGGCGCCCUGUCUCCCUCAAUCAUCGGCGAUGACAAAUCAGAGAUGACCGAAUGUACCGUUUUGGCCGCAACCAACGACGAAAUAGAAAUUCAGGAUCUACGACGCGACAAUAAGCGAAUGAUGGAAAUGGUUGAGCAAUUGGAGGAAUGCAUCAGACUUGAAAAGCAAGAACGAGAGAACAUCAAAAACACUAUGACGGAGGAGCUUGCGGACUGGAGGGUUAAAUAUGAACAGCAAGCCCAAGUUUACGAAGCUCGAGAAUACGAAGGUCGACAAGAGCGACUAGUUCUUCAGCGUGAGCACCAGGGUCAGCUGGAGCUCCUUGAAUCAAUAGCUGCAGAUACACAGCACCAGCUUGAGCUUCUAGCCUCUGAAAAGGCAGACCUUAAACGAUCAAUGGAAGAAGCCUCGAGGAGAGCGAGAGAGGCAGAAUUGGAGGAAGAGGAUCACCCAUUAGUGGCGAGUGUCCUCGAGGAAAUUAUUGAUGAAUGUGUCUUUGUGGAAGCGCUUCCUCCAAUUGAAGAGAUGGACGAACCUGCCAUCGAGCUCAUCAAACCACUUGAGACACCACGCAACAGCCUUGUUCUUCAAGAUGAUUGCGUUCCACAAUCCCCGCGAGAGAUAUCUGCAAACCAAAGCCGCAAGAGGAUAUCCCUCAUGGGGCCGGUUUCCCCACCUCUCAGCCCACCAUCCACCAUCACCCGCAGGUCAUCCGCAGUUAUAUAUGUUUCUUCGGAUUGCCAGACCUCCCCUGUUGUAUUUGCAGAGCCGGGCGUGGAUAUGGAAUGCCAAACUACUCCUAUUGUAAUCGCAGAGCAGGGUGUGGAUGCAGGGUGCCAGACCGACAAGCCGCCUAGUCCUCCACAAUCCCCCACAUUCAUUAUACCAUCUAUCACAAUACACCCUCCUGGUCCCGCAAUCAUUAGUUAUGAACCGAAGCCAACAAGGAGCAUUGCCUGCCAGACUACUCAGCCCCCCAAGUCAAAAUCUACUUCAAUGCAAACUGAGGUUAUUAAGGUCGAUACUCGGAUUCUUAACAAGAACUUCGGAUCUCCACCACUGCAAAGAGGACUUCCGAAGCCCCCAGUCCAUGUUGCAAUUGCAGCUCCAGCUACUCGGCCGCCAACUGCAGUAGCUCCUCGUCCAACUACUGCAGUUUCACCCCGGCCGCCAACUGCAGUAGCUCCCCGUCCAACUGCAGUAGCUCCCCGCCCAACUGCAGUAGCUCCCCGCUCCCCUGCACCUGCGCCUAUCCGCACCCAGCCUGCUGUCCCUGUUAGCCCCCCACCGAUGACCUCACCUCCAAUGGUUUCACCACCCAUGAUUUCGCCGCCAAUGAUUUCACCACCGAUGCUUAGCCCCACCACGACCAUUAGUUCGCCACCUGUACCCCCUGCAAAGAGUACUAGGCGUGGUGGCAGGGUUCCCCUGGCAAGACUAAACACAGCUCCAGGCCCAGUCGCGGCGAGAGAAGUCAUGGAAAGUCCACCUCAAUCCUCACCACCUCGGAGAUCGAUGUCUGAGGCCGCAAUCCAUCACCUUCCAAUGGUAUCGCCGAAUGGGGUAUAUCGGCCUCCAAGAACAACAUCACUUUGGAAGUACGGUGAUAUACCAUCUGAUGAAGACGAUGAUGAAAUGGAUAUUGAGGAGCAGGAAGAUAUGUUUGGUACAGCACUUUCAGCACCAAGACCACCACGUCCAAGACCUAGCGAAUCCACCAUUGCUUCAAUUGCUUCGAAUCGAGAUAGUAUGAUGCUACCAAAGCGACACCCAAGUGUCAAGCGCAAUAUGGCAACUGGAAAACCUAUCUUACCAGCUCGCGCAUGGGGACACAGUGUUCCAGGUGGUCCUCGCCGAAUUCCUGGUAUCCCGGUUGGUCCACCUUAUCCUGUACCACUUCGUCACAGCUCUCGAAAGCUACCGCCAUCGAUAACAAGCUCGCGCGCAAGCAGCCCAUCACCUAUGUCUGGCGGUAUCAGACGUACACGAAAUUCUGUUCGGAAAUCAAGGUCUGCUUUGGGCUUGUCACAACCACAAAACGGUUCGAUUCGGACAAGGUCCCCACCCCCAAUGUCAUCAUUCUCAUCUAUUACUCCGGAGAGCCCAAUGGACAUCCCACCAUUGCCCCGUGAUACUAUCUUGCCAAAUUCCGCGAAUAGGCCGAACUAUGGACAUAGAUACCAAGAUUCGAGUGUCACUGGGACAGCGUCGAUUGAUAGUUCGCAACAGCAGACUAGCGUCGUGGAUGCGAUUGCUCAGACAAUGGUCGGUGAGUUCCUAUACAAGUAUGUUAGGAAGAGGUUCGGACAACAGGAAACUUUGGAGAAGGACGACGGAGGUUCUGGUGUGAGGCAUAAAAGAUGGGUCUGGGUGGCUCCGUAUGAGCGUGCUGUCAUGUGGUCGACCCGUCAGCCUACGAGUGGGUCAGCUUUGAUGGGCAAAUCUGGACGCAAACUGCUCAUCCAAUCCGUUCUCGACGUGAAAGAUGAAUCUCCUCCGCCAAAGGGCGUUACUCUCUUCAACCGCUCAAUUCUAAUCCUGACGCCCGCUCGUGCCCUCAAGUUUACGGCUGGAACACAGGAGAGACACUAUAUCUGGCUAAUGGCUCUCUCCUUCCUUGCUCACUCUUCCCAGACCCCUGCAAAUGGCCUUACUCUUCCACCUGCCCUGCCCUUCGAAUAUGAACAACUCGCGAACCGCUCCGAAACUGAGAGCAAGGGCAAAGAAAAGGCAACAGCUCCAUCCUUCGUUUCUGGUGGCGAAAGCGAGUUCUACGAUGCCAGGCCCACUUUCCAAAACCCCUUCUCUGCUCGUGGUAGCUUCACCACUAGCCAUAGUUACGCACACUCCAAUGGGUACUCCAACGGUUACUCUAACACAUACUCAAACUCUAACGGUACAGUCGAAGACAUCUAUGGUGUUCCGAACCGUAGAAACAGUCGAUAUGGCAGCAUAGUAUCGGACGACAGCGUGGCGGACUAUCCUACCGUCCGUCGGCAUGCAAGGAAACGAUCUAAUACCGCGUAUCCACGAAUGCCACCCCCAAGAAACUUCACUUCUCCAACCUUCAGCGGCUUCUCUGGAAAUCACAGACCUUCCGACUCCAUCAACUCCGAUUUCAACUGCAACAUUCCAAUGUAUCACGGUAAUCAAGGUAAUCAAGGGAACGAUCGAAAUAGUAUGAUAUCUUACCAACAGAGCAUCAGGGAUGGUGCUGGCAGUGCAGCUGGGAACUUCUUCGAUGCUAUUCCAAACAACGGCACUAUGAGGAUGGAGGCAUUCAUUAGCGCUACCCCCAAAAUCGGUGGGUACGAAGAUGAUGACUUUUUCCCGGAUCUUUCCAGGGCGUUCCAGAGCGGACGGUCGAGCAACAGGAAUAGCCGAGCUUUUGCAGCGGCGAGAAACGGCUUCAUAGAUACCUACGGAGUCUCUGAUGAUCCAUAUAGCAUCAGUCGUGGACGGUAUAGCGAGGACGAUGACGGAUCGUAUCACCAGAGGAGGGACCUAUUUGCUGGGUUUUAA